CGGAUGAAAACAAACAGUGACGAUGGCGGCGCCGGGAAGCGACCGGCUGCUGGGCUGAAGGCAGGAGUGAUCACUUGAGCUGUGAGGGAAGCCCUGAAGAGCGUCUGUAGACGUGAGUGCGACAACUCGCGCAGUCUUGGGAACGAAACUCCCGGGGCCUGCGAGCCACGAGGCUCCUGAGGCGAGAGGUAUUAUCUGCGACCCGUGCUGUCAGUGCAGCUCCGGAGCGCGGAGCUCUCAGCCAGGAGGCGCAACUGGCCGGCCCCAGGCCCCGGCCUCCGUAAUGAGAGCCCCGAGCCACUCUCUGUGUUGCAGCUUCACAGGUGAGGGUGACUGUUGACUAGUGAAAAAAGGGACCCAAGGUUCACGACUCUCUUACUGGCAGUGGAAUGACCUGUGGAAACCUGCGAUCCAUUCUCAUUAAGUAAAUCUCUGGAUUCCUAUAGGCAAUGGAAACUGAUCUCAAUUCCCAGGACAGAAAGGACCUGGACAAGUUCAUUAAGUUUUUUGCCCUCAAGACUGUCCAAGUGAUUGUCCAGGCUCGACUGGGCGAGAAGAUUUGUACUCGUUCAUCUUCUUCCCCAACGGGUUCAGACUGGUUCAAUUUAGCAAUCAAAGACAUCCCAGAGGUUACACAUGAAGCAAAGAAGGCGCUGGCAGGGCAGCUGCCUGCCGUCGGGAGGUCUAUGUGUGUGGAGAUCUCACUCAAGACUUCUGAGGGAGAUUCCAUGGAGCUAGAAAUCUGGUGUCUGGAAAUGAAUGAAAAGUGUGAUAAAGAAAUCAAAGUUUCCUAUGCCGUGUACAACAGACUGUCGUUGCUACUGAAGUCUCUCCUUGCUAUAACUAGGGUGACACCAGCUUACAGACUCUCCAGGAAACAAGGGCAUGAAUAUGUCAUAUUGUACAGAAUAUAUUUUGGGGAAGUUCAGCUGAAUGGCUUAGGAGAAGGUUUCCAGACAGUUCGUGUUGGGACAGUGGGUACCCCUGUGGGCACCAUCACUCUUUCUUGUGCUUACAGAAUUAACUUGGCAUUCAUGUCCACCAGGCACUUUGAGAGGACCCCACCUAUCAUGGGGAUUAUUAUUGAUCACUUUGUGGACCGUCCCUAUCCCAGCUCCUCACCCAUGCAUCCCUGCAAUUACAGAACCGCUGGUGAGGACACUGGAGUAACAUAUCCUUCUGUGGAAGAUUCUCAAGAAGUGUGUACCACCUCUUUUUCCACCUCCCCUCCAUCCCAGUGUGUGUUUACUGUCACAAAGGCACAUUUUCAGACCCCUACUCCUGUGGUGACGGACACUCUGAGGGUCCCCAUGGCAGGACUGGCCUUUUCCCAUCAACUUUCAAGCUCUCGCCUUUCCUGUCAGCCUGCUGCCCUGGGCGUUGGAUCAGCUGACCUGGCUUGUCCAGCAGUGUUUGCUGCCGGCUUAAACACCACACACCCUUACCAGCUAAUGGUUCCUGGGAAGGAAGGUGGGGUACCCCUUGCUCCCAACCAGCCUGCCCACGGUGCCCAGGCUGGUGACCAGGAGAGACUGGCAACCUACACCCCUUCUGAUGGGGCCCACUGUGCUGCCACACCUUCCAGCAGUGAGGAUACUGAAACUGUGUCAAACAGCAGUGAGGGACGGGCCUCCCCCCAUGAUGUCUUGGAGACCAUCUUUGUCCGGAAAGUGGGGGCUUUUGUCAACAAACCCAUCAACCAGGUGACCCUGACCAGUUUGGACAUACCCUUUGCCAUGUUUGCUCCCAAGAAUUUGGAGCUGGAGGGUGUGGAUCCCAUGGUGACUCCUCCAGAUUCCCCAGAGACUACAUCUCCUCUUCAGGGCAGCCUGCACUCUGAUGGCUCCAGCGGGGGCAGCAGUGGCAAUGCCCAGGACGACUUUGUCAUGAUCGACUUCAAACCAGCUUUUUCUAAAGACGACAUUCUUCCGAUGGACUUGGGGACCUUCUAUCGUGAAUUUCAGAACCCCCCUCAGCUGAGCAGCCUCUCCAUAGAUAUCGGGGCACAGUCCAUGGCUGAGGACUUGGACUCACUACCAGAGAAGCUGGCUGUGCACGAGAAGAAUGUCCGAGAAUUUGAUGCCUUUGUAGAAACCCUGCAGUAAAAGUUGGUGUCCUCGAGUA